ACCACAUCUUCCCUCCCUAGCAGCUAGUUGGAGCCUUUGCCUGUUUUCUUGGUGAGAGUUUCCAUUCCUAGUAACCUCCCACAGAAAAGGACUUCAUAUGCGCCUCCUGGUCAUGGCAGUCUAGACUCUGCGCAUAGACUGUCUUCCGACCCUGGGCACGCUCGUUGGGCUGCUCUGGGCAGUCCCAGAGGCUAUGGAACCGUACAUCGAGAUCGAUGUCGUUCCCAGGCAGGAUUUCGUGCUCUCACAUUCGUCGCUGUCAACAUCACAAGCGCCGCCCAGGCGACAAGGGUCCGUAAAGCGUGAGGACGACGCGUCAGCACCUACACCAAUAAACAACAACACACCUAAAGGAGUGCAUGGCGAUGAUGGUGCGAGUUCAUCUCGAUAUUCUUCACCUUCGACAGCUUCGUCCAGAGAAUCAUUUGAGCCAUGGCGGCAGCGGCGACGCCGACGGAGGCAAAGACGGCAGGAUGGCGAGGAGACAACCGACGAAGACGAGGUUGAGCCAAGAUUGCGAAUCAAUGGCCAGUCAUCAACUUCGGUAUCCUCAGUCAAGCCACCGGAGGGUCCUCGUCCCGAUUCCUACCUUUCCGAGCUUUGUCCCUCAUACGCCGACGAUUCAUGGUGUUCGGCACAACGGCUAGGGCCGAUCACGUCCCGAGGCCGAGUCGCGUGCGAGUGGGUCUUCAAGACCGACGUAUCGAACCCCAUCAUCUGCAGGAAAAAAUUUCUCACAGUCGACGCCCUCGCCCGGCACGUCGUCGAAUCCCACUGCAGGCCCUUUCUGGCCGAGGGCAAGUGGCAAUGCCAUUGGGACAAAUGUUCGCGCUACAGGAGCUAUACUCGGGCACAGUUCGAGGAUCACUUCUUCCAGCAGCACCUCGCGCAACACGCCUAUGCCUGUCCCUUUCAAGAUUGCCGACGAGGAACUUCUUGUCGAGACAAGGAGUCGCAGGCUGAGCACAUCGAUUUCUACCAUUCAGUGGGAGACGCAUUGCGUCCUUUUGUUGCCCCCAUCCUCAUCCUCGAGGCAAUGCCAUCGCUGGCGAGCCUUCCCCCUUUGCCAACGAUGCCUGUGUCUCGCUACAAGCUGGACCCGCAAAUACCCAAGACAAAGAUGCCGUUCAUACCUCGAGCAAGACCGCGACAGGUAGAGUCGAGUCUAGUCGGACCAGCAGCACCCGCACAAUUAGGUGUUGUACAGCCUUGGGUUGAAGUUAUCGAUCGCUGUGAGUCGAUGGAACCUCCGGCGAUCCCCGUGGUCCUCGGCCCCAACCGCAGAAUCAUUGGUACGGCAGCGACGAUCGACCUGGACCAGUUUGCUAAGACUGCCUUGACAUUUUCAGCCGACGAUGACUUCAUGAUCGAUGAUGAGCAAGACAAAAGAACCAGCAUCGCGGCAGCCGUCGAGGCGACCCUCCCGACAUCUGCAACGCCAAGGAAGAGAGUACCUUUUGUGCCCCCGUCUUUCAGGCAGGGCCAAAUGGUAGCCAAGUCUUCUGCCGAGUCGACGCCUGUAUCGAGGAGCGCCUCAAAACCCGCUUCAAGAGACAUGAGCGCUUAUUCUUUGGACGACGAUGAAGAAAAUCAUCCGAUAGACGGGCGACAGUAUGUCGAAGAGGGAGAGUCCAAAACACAUUCUUCCUCUGGAAGACUGAGACAGUCGUCAGGCUCGUCUGACGAACUCGAGUACGUCACGCUUCCAGGACCACCAGGGCUGAUGGACAACGAGAAUUCACCAAAGGCGCCUCGCAAGAAGAAAAGGCGUCUGGCCAUUGACGAAAGCGAUACGGAAGACGAAGGCAAAGAUGGGCGACAAGUGACUCUAAACUCGAAGGAAAACUCUCACUCGAGUCUUGCGGUCGAAAGACAAAUGUCGUUAUCGCCAGCGUCGUCGCGGUCAGCAUCGUCGGAGCCCCUCCAGGUAUCGUCGUUUCGCCCCUUGACCAGACCAACGGCGCAAGAGGCGCGAGAAAUCGGGAGCCUGAGACAAAGCUUCUCAAGAUUGAGCCAGGAAGUACAUGAGGACGCUCAGCGUCGACGCUCGAGCAAGGCUGUCAAAGACAAGACGAAGGAGCUCGACCGUAGGAAGCGUAAGAAAGCUCGAAAUGAGGAGGCAGACGGGAGCGAGGACGAGGAGCCGGCCCAAGUAAGCCUUGAUGGGUGGAAUCACGGUUCAAACACCGCAAAGAAGCCUCAGGGCAAUGCAUAACGCCCGGCUUAGCCUCAACAACACGAAGAUAUCAAUUGAAGAGUCCGCGAGCAUCUGUACUAUAUCUGCCAAACGCAUUCAUACAUACCGCGCAGGCCACCAAAAUGACAGUUCUAAUGAG